UCGAGACACAGGGUGUUUGCUGCUGCGGUAUAUAUAGACUGUACCAGCAAUGGACUCCAGCUCAGGUGUCCUUGAGUAUUUCAACCCGUUCGUUCUGGUCAAAAAUCCAAGUCACUCGUUGCAUCCGCUUCCAUAGACACAUUCGUCUGCCUUCCACCCCCGUUCAACAGUCUUUGUUCUAAGCCCUUUCUCAAGUCUUUUCUACACAACAACCGAGCCAUCAUGCCUUCUGGAGAAGGGUACUCUGUUGUCCCCGUGCAGCGAGCCUUCCUGCCCCUCAGGAUCAUUCAGAUGGUCUUCACCGUCAUUGUCUUUGGAAUUGCGUGCUACCAUCUUUCCCUGGCACCGAACUAUGAUGCUGGUGGUAUAAGUCUUUUCACCGCCCUCGCAACCAUCAUCUUCCUGAUCUACUGGUUCGUGGCAAACAGCCCAGCCAACACCAACCUUUACAAUUACUGGGCUUUCUUCGCCGUCGAGCUCUUCGUCCUCAUCUUUUGGCUCUGCACAUUUGCCCUUGACGCCGACAAGGUUUCCUUGUAUGUCCAGGCUACAAGCUAUAGCUAUGAUGGCACCGACUAUUCUGGCGAUGGUACGACCAGUGGCAGCGGCUCUGUCUGCUACGAUGGCGUCUGCGUCAGCUAUAAGCGCGGCCUCCAUUACAAACGUGGUCUCGUCAAGCGAUCGACUGACCCCAUAUCUGCGACGCUAUAUGUCGCCCUUGCACUCUCGGUGAUCAACUUCAUCUUGUUCGGCGUCACCUUUACCCUCUACACCAUCAACAUGUUCCGACAUCGGGCGGCUCUUUCCAAUGCUAAAGGCAACAAUAUCGCCAUGAACAAUGGCCACGGAGCAGCCAGCCGGAUGGAGAAGGGGGUGGUCAUGAAUGGACAUCAGUGAACGAACUGCUUUGGUGUGUUGAACUUAGCCUUCCGGUACAGGUUAUGACAUGAUCAGGAUGAGUUCUAAAGUGCUUUGGUCUUUUCAUUAGGAGGAGUGCAGAACAUGUGUCUCGCCAUAUAACUGUUUAUCUGUUU